ACGCGUUAUUAUUACACAGUUUCUUUUCAGAAUGCAAAUCGAUUGGUAAUCUGCGUGAUACAUCGGUUGCCGUUCGGUGAUUGUUGCUUUAGAUCGGUGCCGACUGGGACUAAUAUCGUGUUUAUACGACAAUGUCAGCCUCGACCUUUAAAAGCAAGUGCGUUUCACUCAUUCACUGCGCGUUCUGCGAAAGCGUCCUGUGCACACGAGGAAUGAAAGCUGCCCUUUUGGCCGAUACUGAAGUUGAGCUCUAUUCGACUGAUAUACCGCCGAACAGCUCGGUUGACUUUGUUGCAAACUGCUAUUCCACAGCAAGCUGCAAAUGCAAACUGAAAGACAUAGCAUGCUUGAAAUGUGGUAACAUUGUUGGGUACCAUGUGGUGGCCCCCUGUAAUCCCUGCCUGCUGUCCUGUAAUAAUGGCCAUUUCUGGAUGUUUCACAGUGCAACUGUGUCUGCUACUAGCAGGCUGGACUCAUCAGGAUCAAAACUUCUGCUUUGGGGAGACCUGCCUGACACUGAGGAGAGCGACGACGAAGGGAUAGACAGUCUGUCUGAAGAGGAAUGUAUCAGAUAGAAAGAUGAUACUUCAGUGUGGAGACCUCUGAUAUUGACACAUCCAUCGAUUACACUGUGAGAUGCAUAUGAACUUGAGUUGUAAUGCUACCUGAUCUGGUAGCUAACGAAACGUUGAUAUUGCUUCGUGCUUCUCCGUCAUUAUUUCCAAAUCAAUCAAACGUCCAAAUAAAUCAUCCAUCCAUAAAAGAAAAUGCAGUCAGUUACAUCCUCAAUCGUUAAACGGCAGGAGAGUCCUGCUGAUGUGAAACUCUGUAUUAGUCUGCCCCAGCUGGCAUUACAGUACAAUAUUGAGAUUGCUCUGAUCUGUUCUUGAUAGGCGGUAUACCUGUUCCACGAGAGGGAUUAUAUGGUAUUUCUGUAGUGGUUUAUAUCUGCAAGGCAAUCGACUUGAAACGUUGUUGCGUUUUUUUAAUAAGUUACACAGUCAUUGGAUUUUAUAUAAUGUACAGGAAGGACAGAUAUUUUUUAUUAUUGAGAUUCCCCCUUUCAUCUUUUUUACCUUGUGGUUCAGAUUAACAUUCAGCUGCUGUCCACAACGCUGUCGGCAGUCUGAAGGUUGAUAUCUAAAGUGGUUACUUUAUCCCUGAAAGGGAUUGGAAACCAAACAGACAAAAGGAUACUGUGUUAGAAUUGCACUGGAAGUUCAAGGUCCCACAAUUGAAAAGGAAACGAGUUUUAGAGUUCUUGUGGUUCUUUCUUACUAGGUUGAAGAGUAAUUUAACUUUGAAUUAAAACAAGACAUGUAUUAUAAGUUACUUAUUGCACAG